AUGUGUGGUUUGACGAGAAAGAAAUACGAAAAUUCACAAUGGAACGAGCGGCCGAUGAACCAAGCACUUCAGCAAGAAAGCGUAGUAGGUCUGGGCUUAUCACAGUCAAAAGCUGAGGAGUCAGAAUUCCAUCAAGAAUACGUUUCCAAGUCAAGUGACACAGACAGUGACAGCUCGAGUGAUGGGGGUGAUUUAGCUAGUGAUGAGGGUCGGACAAGGAAUUUUGUAUCACCAAAUACGGACCUGAAUUUCUCUGAAAAUGGAAAAGACCCAGUGAACAUUUCUGGAUCUAUCCCAGAAGAGUGUGAACCGAUUAACUUUUUAUCCUUGUUUUGGAUGAUACAUUCUGGGAAAACCUGA